UCCGGUUUGCAAUUAUCUGCGUGUUGAAAAAAAAUUAGUUUCUAUUUUAACUUCAGUAGGAAUACCCACUAUCUCAAAUCCAAACAAAUAUCAACAAUCUUAAGACAGGGUCAGCUCAUCUCACAACGUUCCUGCAACAACUGUGAUUUACUUCAGAAAUGUUUCUAUAUUUCUUCAUCGGAGUACUAUGUGUAUCUUCACUUUCUGCUGAUUCUUUAUCCAGCGAAGAAGCAGAUGCUUAUUUUCCUGCCGUUGAAUGGUCAGAUACUUUCGACUGGAAACUUCUUAAGGCAUAUUCCACACCCAACAACCGAAAUGUCUUGAUAUCGCCUAUAGGUCUAAAACUCGUCUUAGCUCUUUUGUACGAAGGCUCUGGGGGUCUUACUGAGAAAGAGUUUCAAAAUGUUUUACAAUUCCCUAUUGACAAAAAAAACAUACGAGACAAUUUCGAAAGGGUGCUGAGCGCACUACAGCCAAGCGAACGCAGCCAAUAUAUUUUAAACUUAGGUACGCGAAUAUUCUUAGAUUCUCGAGUAGAACCGAAGCAGAACUUCGCUGCGAAAGCUUUACAUAGCUACCGAACUGACAUAGAACACACUAAUUACUCUCAACCACUUGAAGCUAGUCGAACUAUCAAUUCUUGGAUUGAAAAAUUGACGAAUGGAAAAGUUUCGCAUAUGAUAUCGCCAGGUGAUCUCCAAGAUGCAAUUAUGAUCCUGGCCAACGCCAUUUAUUUCAAGGGUACUUGGCGACAUCAGUUUCCAAAAGAGAAUACCACUCCUGGUGGUUUCUACGUUUCACCCACUGAAAUAGUAGAAGCUUCAUACAUGAAAACGACUGACACCUUUUACUAUUUUGAAUCUAAUGAACUUGAUGCCAAACUUCUAAGAUUGCCAUACAAGGGACAAAACUACGCGUUCUUUAUUGUAUUACCCAACUCAAAAGCAGGUCUUCCAGAUUUGAUCAAAAAAAUAAAUUUACAUGUUCUAAAGAAACAGCUGUAUUUAAUGGACAAAGUGCCGGUGAGGGUAUGUUUGCCAAAAUUCAAAUUCAACUUCCAAGCCAGAUUUAUGAAAACGUUGCAAGAUUUCGGUUUGAAACAAAUGUUCCAAAAUACUGCUAGUUUUCCAGGCAUAGCACGCGGUCUUCCUCAUAUGCUUCGAAUGCUUGUGGUUUCUGAUAUCGUUCAGAAAACGGGAAUUGAACUCGAUGAAGAAGGCAGUGUGGUGUAUGCUGCAACAGAAGUACAAGUAGGAAACAAAUUUGGGGAAGUCGACUAUGUUUUUAAUGCUACGCACCCCUUUAUGUUCUUUUUGGAGGAACAAACCACCGGCACCAUCUUGUUUGUGGGUAAAGUGGAAAAUCCUUUAGACUCCAAUGCUAUGCCUUUACCGUCACGUUUUGGUACCAAUCAAGCCGUUCAACCGUACCCGUUAUCCACUGCUCCAAAUCUACAACCCGAAAAUCCUGAAAGAGAUGCAAUAAUGAGACGGUUCAAUUAUUUCGACUUGGAACUAAUAAAAGAAUUUAGUGAAUUUCCUGGAAACGUAUUCAUAUCUCCUGCUAGUAUCAAAACCACGUUAGCCUUAAUUUUAGAAGGGGCCAAAGGCAAAAGCGCUGCAGAAAUUGGAAAUGCGUUAAGGAUAAACAACAUCGAUCAAAGAGAGAUACGUGAAAUUUUAGAAAGACUGCUUUUCGACUUAAGUGACAACACUACUAGUACUGUUUUGGAGUCUGCUAACUCCAUUUUCAUUUCGGAUAAGUACGAAGUACUCUCCGAGUAUGAGAAAAAGGUGAAAAGAUACUAUAAGGCAGAUCUCACGAAGGUAGAUUUUACAAAUACGAACCUAGCAGCUAAAACUAUCAAUUCUUGGGCUUCGAGGGCAACUCAUGGGUUGAUAAAUAAUAUAUUAGGAAGCAGUCUUUACCCUGAAACUGCGAUGGUGUUAGCCAACGCUUUGUACUUCAAGGGAAAAUGGCGUACCGAAUUCGAUCCAAACAGUACCAAAGACCAAUGUUUCAAUUCUCCAACACGACAAUGCGUAAAUGUCUCCAUGAUGCAACUUAGCCACUCUUUCAAUUACAAUUUUAACAUCGAUCUUAACGCACAUGCCAUAGAACUUCCUUACGAGGACGACAAAUACGCUAUGCUAAUCUUGCUGCCAACUAAUGGAAACAAUGUAAGAACUUUGGGAAAAGACAUGCAACAUGCUCAGCUCCAUAUGGUGAUCGAUGCACUUAAACCGACUGAAUUAAUCCUAGAAAUUCCUAAAUUCGAAAUCGACUAUCAAAUCGAUUUAGUUGAAUUCUUAAAACCUCUCAAAAUCCAAGAAGUUUUCUCAUCUCAAGCGAAUUUGAGUGGAAUAACUGGUACAAACAAUCUCAAGAUCAAUAACGUCAUCCAUAAAACGAAAAUAGAAGUAAAUGAGCUGGGUACCAAAGCUGCUGCGGUUACUACUGCUGUUGUUGUACCUUUAAUUGGUUCAACAGCACAGAAGAUAACAGCAGAUCAACCAUUCCUCUUCUUUAUUUACCAUAAAGAAUCGAGAAAUAUUAUCUUCCAAGGGCUCUAUUCAGAACCACCUCAAGUUUCACCACCUGUAAAUAAUGUGCAGCGUGUUGCCCAAAAUUAUGAAGGGCCAAGAACAUACCCAAAUUACGGGUCGCAAAGGGCUAAUGUUCGCUACCAAUAAACAAAAGACUUAAGCAAGUACCUAUCACUUUGGCGAGAUUUGAAGAUUUUAAUGUUUGCGAACUAUGAAAUAAAUUUUUAUGUUUUUAUUUUUAAUACAUAAUUCCUGUGUAGAA